AUGAAUACAUAUGAAACGAAACAAGUUUCCGAUGAUUCUUAUCACUUAUCUCCCGCCGUCUUCAAACAACCUGAUGAUGAAGUCCAAAGUCUAUUAACAAGUGACGGUUGGCUUUUCCGGCCGCCCGAGCAUGGGCACGUGAUAACAAAUAGCGAAAUGGUGAGCCGCAUAGUGCAAUAUUACGAAAUGUUCGCAGUCAAUGUGUUUCUUUUAGGAUACAGUGUUCUUAAAGAUGCUAAAGCUGCUGUCUCAACUUCUACUUAUAAUAUUGUGUUAUUUGAAGCAUGUACUGAUCGGUUUAUUAUAGAACAAUUUGAUUUUUGUGCUGCUUCCAGAUUAAUAUGGGGAUUAAUUGGAGGAGCGAUUGUCUACUUUACAUUUACAUCCCUUAUAGCAGUUGCAUUGUUCUUUGAACUUCGAAGAAAAGGUUAUCGUGCCUCAUUCACGGCAUUAUGGCAUUCGCCACUGUUUUUAAUAUGUUAUUUUUACUCUUCAGAGAAACGAGUUGACAUUUUAAGCAUACCAAACAAAUAUGUCGGGUUAAGUUUAUGGACGAGGUCACAGAUACAUAGAAUUUCUUUGGCAUUAUAUUGCUUAAUAUGUACUAUUUUGAUAUUUAAUUCUUUAUUUCGUGGGUAA